UGAUGGGACGAGAGGGUGUUCAUGGAUUUCGUCGCUCUGCUUCACCUGCCGAUCUGUUUCUUCCCACCUUGUUUCCAGCGACCAAGCGCUCGCUUUGGUUCUCUCUCUGCUCUUGGUUUUGCGGAAAACAAAGGAUCCGAUGGCUUCCAGGGCAAGGGCGUGUACCAGUUCGUGGACAAGUACGGCGCCAACGUCGACGGAUACAGACUACUUCAAUGCGUCUUUGACUGAUCUCUUGAGCUCACUAUCUGGUUAGCUACCUUGGCACAUACGGUGGUUACCUAUCAGCAGUAGUUGAUUUGAUGGAAACGAUGUCAACUUCUCAUCCGGCUGAGGCCUCAGACACCAAUACAAGCAGCAAUGAUGACCAUUCAUCAGGAACACCAAAUAGGAGGUCUAAAGUGUGGGAACACUUUGAGCCAGAGUUGGUCGAGGUGGAUGGUGCUCUGAAGGCUGUUUGCAGAUACUGCGGCAUGAAGAUGGCUAGUGGAAAAUCAGGUACAAAUAGUUUGAGAAAUCACAUAAAAGAUUCUUGUCGAAAAAUUAGUGCAGAUGAUAGACAGAGGUUUAUUGCCACAAUUCAGAAACAACCAGCGGGUCCAUUUACCUUCAAUCCUCAAAUAAGUCGUGAGUUAAUGAUAACUUGGUGCAUUCGGGCAGAGGUUGCAUUUAAUAAAUUUGACGACCCAAGUUUUUCACCAUGGAUGGCAUCCUUGCAGCCCACAUUUGAUUGCAUUGGGCGCCAAACAAUCCGCAAUGAUUGUGUUCGUAUGUAUGGGAGAGUGAAGCAAACAUUAGCAAGUGAACUGCAAGGUCUUGAUUCUCGCAUAUGCUUUACUUCUGAUCUGUGGACAUCUAACCAAAAGCUGGGAUAUAUGUGUCUAACAACCCAUUAUGUGGAUGCUAACUUUGCCUUGCAUAAGAAGAUAAUUUCUUUCAAAGCAUUAAAGUAUCCACAUAGUGGUCUAGCCAUUGAGGAGGCAAUCACAAGAUGUAUGACAGAGUAUGGAAUAAAAGAAAAGAUGUUCACUAUCACCCUUGACAAUGCAUCAAACAACAACACAGCUUGUGACCUUUUGCAAGAAAGUGCCAAAUCAGACUUGCUGUUUGGUGGUCAACAUCUUCGAGUUAGAUGCUGCGCUCAUAUUCUGAAUCUUCUUGUCCAAGAUGGUAUGACUAUUGCUGAUGCAACACUUGAGAUGAUCCGGGAUCUGAUUAGGCACAUUAACUCCUCACCGAGAAGAAUCCAAAGUUUCAACGAGAUAGCUGAAAGAGAGAGUCUUUCACCAAAGGCUGGUUUGGUUCUUGAUAUUCCGAACCGUUGGAACUCAACUUUUGAUAUGAUUGUUGAGGCUGUGAAGUACAGGAGCGUGCUGAAGAGGUAUGCUGCAUCAAAUCAAGAACCUUUUCCAUCAAAUGAUGACUGGAUAAAAGUUGAGGCUAUAUGUGAUUUUCUUGAGGCUUUCGAAGAAGCUACAAGGGCGUUCUCAGCUGAUAGAUAUCCUACAGCACACACUUUUUUGGAUAAUGUUCUUUGCAUUCAUGAAGCUUUAAAAAAUUCAGAAAUGCAAGCUAAUGAAGCCAUACAAAAUUUGGGUAGAGCAAUGGAAAGCAAAUUCAGCAAGUAUUGGGAUGGGAACUAUAAUAUGACCCUUGUUAUUGCAACGGUACUUGAUCCAAGAAAGAAGAUGGACUUCUUGGAAUUCUUUUAUCAGAGGGUGUGCAACUACUUUGUUGAUAUUGAGACAAGCAUGACUUCAGCUAGAGAAUGGAUGACUAAGUAUUUUAGGAAAUAUGAAGAGAUUGUUAGGACAAAUGGUGUAGAUCUAGUAUAUACUACUGUAUCUAGAGGCAUUAUGGGUUCACCUGUGCUAGCUAAAAGAAGAAUGCACCAAGAGUUUGCCCACUUUAGAAAUCAAAAGAGAGCUAGCAAUACUCAAAAAUCGGAACUUGAUGCAUAUCUGGAAGAUGAACAUGUGAGAGAUGAUGAAAACUUUGAGAUCUUGAGUUGGUGGAAGACAAAUAAAGACAAGUAUCCUGUCCUAUCAACCAUGGCACGAGACUUCCUUGCAAUUCCAUUGAGCACUGUGUCUUCUGAGUCCGCAUUUAGUUUGAGUGGUCGGAUUCUUAGUGAUAAUCGGAGUUCAAUGACACCUGAAACUCUUGAAGCCCUUGUUUGUGUUAAGGAUUGGUUGUAUAAGCUCCCAGGCAAUGAAGACUGCUCUCAGAUUGUGGUUGACUAGCACAGGAUAUGGAGUACACCCCUUACGCAGCAAGUUCCUCUGUAUCCCACAUCUCGCUGCUCAAGGAAGUUCUUGGCUGGAGGUUUUGUCUUAAUCAUGUUUUGCCGUGUCGAUAGCAGUAUGUUGGAAGGUUAUUGCGGAUUAGGAUGUAAUGUUCAGCUCCAAGUCCGUUUGAUUGACGAUGCUCUGAAUUCAGUACAUCUAGAUCCUGAAUAAUUUGAUUCAAGACAUGGUGGGACUCAUGGACUCAUGGUCAUGGCACAAUCUAAGAUGUAAAAGAUGGCCAACGAUGUAAACUGGACGAUGACAUGGAUGGUCAGUAUGCUUGCGUGGUAGACUGCCAAGAGAGGCUAGGAACUUUCUUUUUUUUUUGCAUUACCAUUACUCACUACUUUGAAGGAUCUACUGACAACGAAAGAUGUUUUGCACAGCGUGGCCCCAAACUCUGCCUUCUCGCUUUAUAUGAACAUAAAUUUGUAACUGUUUUUUUUCUAAUAAGUAGAACAUUGUGGAUGCAA